GUGUGAACUGGGCCGAACCAUUCCCGUGAUGCUUUUGCAACAACCACAACAAAAUACACUGUCAGCGGAACCUGCAAAAUGGCUGCCGUGAGAUCUUUGCUAGGUGCAGCUAUGCUGCGAAAAAGCUUAUUGCGCCUGCAGAAAAGACAUAUGUCAGCUGCAGUUUCAUCAAUGAAAGAAAUUCUCUCAAAUCAGCUUAAAGCAAUUGAAGAUGCAGGGACAUGGAAAUCUGAAAGGGUCAUUACAUCACCUCAAGAUGGAGCUAUUAAUAUUGAAGGCACAGAAAAGAAAGUGUUGAACUUUUGUGCAAAUAACUAUCUAGGACUUUCAGCUCAUCCUGAUGUUGUACAUGCUUGUGAGAGUGCCUUAGAGUCACAUGGUGCUGGGCUAAGCUCUGUGAGAUUCAUUUGUGGCACACAGAAUAUUCAUAAAGAUUUGGAAGAGAAGAUUGCAAAAUUUCACCGACGCACCGAUUCAAUACUGUACAUCAGUUGUUUUGAUGCCAAUGCUGGUUUGUUUGAGGUAUUGCUCACACCUGAAGAUGCUGUUAUCAGUGAUGAAUUGAAUCAUGCCUCGAUUAUCGAUGGCAUUCGGCUCUGCAAGGCAAAGAAGUUUCGGUACAAGCAUAAGGAUAUGGCAGAUCUUGAGGCAAAAUUGCAAGAGGCAGAUGCUGCUGGAGCCAGAAUGAAGCUAAUCGCAACUGAUGGCGUUUUUAGCAUGGACGGAAAUGUUGCCCCCCUCGAUCAAAUCUGUGACCUUGCUGACAAGUACAACGCUUUAACGUUUAUCGAUGAGUGUCAUGCUACUGGAUUUUUCGGAGAAACUGGCAGGGGAACAGAGGAGCACUUUGGAAUGGUUGGACGCGUAACCAUAGUAAACUCAACCCUUGGGAAGGCUCUAGGCGGGGCUGCGGGUGGCUAUACAACCGCUCCAAAAGAAUUGGUACAGCUAUUAAGGCAGAAAUCUAGGCCGUACUUGUUUUCAAAUUCUUGUCCUCCUGCAAUAGUUGCAAGUGCUAGCAAGGUAUUUGAUAUGUUGAUGGAUGGCUCGCCUCUCACGAAGAAAGUUAUGACAAAUACAAAGCGCUUUAGAGAGAAAAUGACCCAAGCUGGAUUCAACGUUAUUGGCGACGGCCACCCUAUUUGUCCAGUGAUGAUGCCAGAUGAACGCACUGCAGUUGCAUUUUCAGAUGCAAUGAUUGAUCGAGGAAUUUAUGUCAUUGGUUUCACUUUCCCGGUGGUGCCAAGAGGCAAAGCCCGUAUUCGCGUGCAAAUGUCUGCAGCCCAUACAACAGAACAAGUAGACGAGUGUAUCAAUGCCUUCAUCGAGGUUGGUAAGGAGAUGGGUGUCAUCUAAAAGUCGGAAUGUUUUCUUUUCAAGAAAAACUUCUGCACACAGUCAUUUUAACUUGAUUAAUUAGUCUGUGAAUUAGUCAUUUCGUGUGAAAUAGUGUUUUAUUUCUCUGGCUUAAUCUUAAUCCUAUCUUUAAUCGUCCGUUUUCUAUCCAGAAAACGUUUAAGUAUUACUGUUUACCAGGUAUUGAAGUCCUUGCAGGGUCAGUUAUUGGAAUAUAAAACUUUAGAGAUUAUCAAAUUUAAAAUAAAUUCACGUUUUAAUUAAAAAAAUUUCAAGGGGAGCUACAUUUCCAAAAAUAUGAUAUUGAUUAUUAAUAUAGAUCAUGUGAUCCUGCAUAUUUUAUUUUUGAAAUCUUGAGAUAUUGGCACAUUUUUAAAACUUUUUCUGCUUUAUUUAUUUGUACUUAGCCCUUGUUUCUAUAUCUAUUUAACCACAGAGCACUUCCUUAUUUAUAAGGUAUUCAUUUGUUUUGACAGUAAAUCUGUAAAGGCGUGAAAUAUUUAGAAUAAAUUUUAUAGAA